UCCUGUCCUUUGUCAUUGUCCAACCUCACUGCAGUCGAAAGCGGGGAGAAGAAGGGCGAACGAUGACGGACGAGCGCGGUGCCAUCAUUUCGGGCCCGCUGCUCAAGUGGACCAACUUUGUGGACGGGUGGCAGAAGCGCUACUUUAUCCUCUCCCGCUCUGGCAUUCUGUCGUACCACCUGUCUCGCAACGAUGUCGGCAAGGGCUGCCGGGGCUCGAUCAACGUGGCUGCAGCAGGGACGGUGCUUGAGCUCCAAGGCGGCGGUGUUCCAGCCAUCGCCUUUGCAUCAGGGCCAGCAGACCCGCACCACCACGCCAACCAACAUCAGCACCAGACGCAUCCUCACAGUGCCCACCCUAGUCAGCCGCAGCACGCGCUCGAGGCGAUGGCCAUGUCGCCCAGCGCCGACGCGUCCAAUGCCGCUCCAUUGUGGCCGUUGUCCGCGUCCGCGUCUGCGUCUGGGCCGUCGUCCGCACCCCACCAGGCCGGUCUGACGAGCCCAAGCCCGACGGCUUCAGCAAACGGAGGCACCGGCACGGGCGGCAGCGGCGCGGCGGACGCAGGCUCGGCGGGUCGGCAGCCAAACCGAACGCGCUUCAUCAUAUUGCGCGAUCUCGUUCAGGCCUUCCACCUGCGCACCGAUACGGACUCGGACUGGGUCCAGUGGGUCCAAGCCCUGCAGACGCUCAAGCAAGCUGGCUCUGUGGCCGCCGCCGCUACGGCAGCAGCUGCUGCAGCCUCGUCGUCCAGCGGCGCGAUUGUGAGCGCGCAGCCGGCCGGGUCGCAGGCCGCCUCCAGCUCGUCCACCGCCUUCUCGACAGGCCUGGGCGGACAAAGUGCGUCUCUGUUGCUUGGAGGAGGCGCAGGGGGAGCUGGUGGUGCUGUUGGCCGCGAUGGCAGCUCGCCGCAUGAGGACAACCCGGCGCUCUACCCAGAAGCACUCCGCGCGCAGUUUGAGUCGCUGCUGGGCGUCGCGGGCCAACUGCUGCAGGCUCUUGGCGACAUUGAGGCGUCUACAAAGCCAUCGAGCUAUGUGGCUGCUGUCGAAGGCCAGGCAACAGUCGAUGUCGACGCCUUAACGCGGCAUAGCGACACGUUCGCCGCAACGUCGGGUGCCGUCAUGAGCAAGUUCCACGGCGUGAAUGGUGCGCUCGAACGGCUCUCAACGACAUGGGCCACGCGGUUGGCAAACGAUCCCGAGCGGCAGUCGCUGAAUCAGAUCCACAGCGAGCUUCGAAAGACGGGCGUCGAACUGGGCUUGCUCACCGAAAAGUACGACGAGCUCCAGGACAUGAAGAAUCGCCAUCGCGCGCGCAUGCGGCAGUUUUCCAUCUCUGCUGCGUCACGAAGGCGGAAUACUCCAGGUAGCACGAGUGGAAGCGACAUGGCCGAGCCGCAUUCCCAACAACAGCAUCAGCACCACGAUCCACAACAACAUGCUCAACGUCACCAGCAGAAUGCUGCUGCUGCUGCCGCCUCCGCCUCUGCCGCCUCUGCCGCCUCUGUCGCCGCCGCCGCCGCUGCCGCCGCUGCUGCUGCUGCCUCCUCCACCUCUGCAGCUGUCGUGGCUCCUUUGUCAUCUGCCUCUUCUUCCGCUGCAGGUGCUGCGACCUCUUCUUCCUCUUCUGCUGCGUCGCUACAACAUGCAUCGUUACCAAGACGCACCUCGGCAGACAGUGUUCGUCAGGAUGACCAUGCUGCAGCGGCUGAUUUGGAGGCCGACGGUUCCCGCAUGCUUGACUCGGACGUGCGAGACUUGGACGAAGAGGACGACGAUGAAGACGAGUUUUUCGAUGCCGAGGCUCCCUCCAAGGAAGAAGAAGUUCGAUUGAAUGCACUGUUGGCCCUGCGCACAGCGGCCGUUCAGCUUCGACAGCAACACGAGCGCGAUUUCCACGCUGCUGCUGCUGCUGCUGCUGCUGCUGCUGCUCACACCCAUUCGCAUAACUCGCAUCACUCACAUCAUCAUCCGCAUCACGGCAAGCACCACAGUCACGCAGCCGGCGCGCUACCAACCAAGUACGAGCCCGAGUAUGCACCUAUGGACGACACCACGCUCACGCGCUUUCUGCGCGCUCGCGAUUACGACAGUCGGCGCGCAACAGAAAUGUACUCAAAGUUCUUUUCAUGGUAUGAUGUGUUUCGGCCUCACUUGACCACGCCGGCCGACGUAGCAAGCGAGCUUGUGAAGGGCACCAUGUUUUUCCACAAGCGCGAUCAGCUCGGGCGGCCCAUCAUUGUGUUCUCGAUUGCCAAAAAUCUUCCAGAGAAGACGGACGCACAAAAGUUUUUGCGAAUGGUCGUUCUUUUCGUUGAGACGGCCACCUCCUCCAAGGCGUACAACGACGCCUUGUUUGCACCCGCAGACCCUUUGACAACAAGUGGCAAUGGCGUUGCUCCCAAUAGCGAGGCCUUCACCCUGGUGAUUGACUUUCGCGGUUACUCGAUGGCGAACAAUGAUGUGCAGUUGACCCGCGACAUGUUCUCGUUGCUCUCCAGCUACUACCCGGAGCGCUUGGGUGCUUGCUAUCUGGUCGAUGCGCCCUGGAUGUUCAAUGCAUGCUGGUACGCCGUCCGAUCGCUCCUCAGCAAAAAGACCAUCCAGAAGAUCCACUUUGUUUCGCAGAAAGAGCUCCGCGCCCAAGUGCCGGCGGACAGUCUCCCCGUCUUCCUUGGUGGUGCAAGUCCGUUGAACUAUGCGGCAUCUGAGCAUCGCCUUGGGUGGUUGCCAUCUGCAUAGGUGGUGAAGAAGAAGUUAUGAUGGCAUUUUUCUUUUUUUGGCUGGUUGACUUUUUUUUUUUAAAACAUUUGCAAGAAGAUUUUGGUUCCAUUGUAAUUUCAAC